AUGCCACGUCUCCAGUGGCAACCGUACGAAUCGUCGCCGUGGUUGGAGAAGGUAGCAUCAGCCCGAUUAAGGAUACGCCCUGGGAAGAGGUCAUGCGCCACACGCAUUGCUGCUGGAGUAACAAUAUCUAUAAUCUUUGCAUCGAUUGGUAGUCUUAUUUUCUCAAUUAAACGGUUUGGUCAACCUAUCGGAUCACACUCUCAUAGGCUGAAGUGGGUCGAUGAAGGAUUUGAAAUGCUUGUCUUCACAGACAACUUGAUUGAUCAUGAUAAUCUUAGGAAAGAGUUACUGUCACAAUGUGAUAUGCUACUCAAUGUUGCAAUAACAAACCAGGAUGCUGUUCAAUGGCUUAUAAACAACAGCAAACACAUUUCUAAUGUAAUUUGCUUUCAGUCAUCUCCAUCUUUAGUAAACAAGCUAGGUGGCACAUAUGUUCAAUACACUGGAGAGCAGGACAUGUUUGGAAAGCUAGCAAGUAUUGGGAAACCAAGUGGUGUAAAGGAAUCAGCUGAAGUUUUGAAGACCAUAUCUAAUGCUUGGGAAAGACACAAUUCAGAUGACAUUAGAUUUUGCUUGCUUGUUGUCGUAAAUGCAUACAUAAGGCCGGUUUCUAUGCUGAAAAAUCUAAGGGCAAAAGGUCUUUCUACCCUAAGUUGUAUGAUAAAGAACUGUGGUCCUCAGAUACUUAAUUGUCUGUUUGACCUUAACUGUAGGAAGGCCCUUCAGUGUUUGAAUUCCUGUUCUCCGACUGAUCAAGUCUGCAACUAUCGCUGUAUUGCAUCAUAUGAAAGUCCGUAUCUGGAGGCCUUUUCCCUCUGUGUUUUGCAGAAGAACAAUUGCCUUGACCUCAAUGCUGAGAUACCCAGUAAACCGAAUGUAAUGCCACUAACCAUGUUCAGAGAACAAAAACUAAGCCAUGAAAUCGCAGAAGAUCUAUUUGUUGGUUGGUUGGACAGCAUGGAAUGGAGUUGGCGAGUGGCAGCUGGACAAAAUCCAGCAUAUGAUCAGUUCCCAUGUCAGUAUCAGUUAUUCUACAGAGGGAAAGCCAAAGGUUCAUUUUGGUAUGAGCCGGUUUUUCAGGUCAAAACCCUGGAAGGAGAGCUGGUUUGGAGGCGCAGGAGGUAUCGUGUGAGAAGGGCUAGCACUCCUGGUACAUUUUACUUCAGUGUGUUGGAUAAUGGUGUCAUUUCCAAAGAAUUUUGGACAAUUGUUGACGUUGCGGAGGAUUUCAGCUGGGGUCUGUUCCAUUAUCAUGGUGCAGCACAGGCUGCUGGGCUAUCAUACACUGGAGCAGUGCUUGUUACUCCAGAUGGGUCUUAUCCUGAUGUGGAAGACCCAAGAUUGGCCUCUGCUUUAGAGAAGUGUGCUAUAAAGAAAUGGGAGCUCUAUACAGUUGAUAACUGUUCCUGCAUGGGUGCGCCACUGGGAACUCCUGAGGGUUCAAAGCUGCAUCAUCAGAUUUCUCCAGGAAAAGAAACUAGUAUUUUGCAGAGAAGAUGA